AUGGAUCCGAAUAUUUCAAUAAACAGUGACAGAACACUCGCUGCUAGGGAAGAGGCAACAUAUCCGCGCGAAUCCAACUCGACAACUACUAGCAUUUCUUCCCAAUCGGACGAACAUAAUGAUUUCACAGGUAAUCAAACAGCAUCUUCGAAAGGAUCUGAUAAUGAUACAAACAACGCUCAACUCAGUGAAGCUGCCCUGACUCGGACACUCACUCAGCGAAAAAGUCAAGCCUCGGGCCAUGAGGGUGAAGAAUGGGCACAGAUCGAAAAACUGAUUUCACGGAUGUUCGGCCAUGAGCGGAAGGCCAGUUCCGAAGAAGAAAAGACACGACAUGCUGGAGUAGUCUGGAAAGAUCUUACUGUGACAGGCUUAGGCCUUGGCGCCGCUUUACAACCGACCAAUGGUGACAUCUUCCUUGGUAUACCUAGGCUCAUCAAGAAGCUAUUCACUCGGGAAAGGAAGGGUGGUGGCGUGGGGAAACCUGAGACCCGAACCAUUCUGGAUGAUUUUACAGGCUGCGUUCGCCCCGGAGAAAUGCUUCUGGUCCUUGGUCGACCUGGCUCAGGAUGUUCUACAUUUCUAAAGGUCAUUGGCAACCAAAGAUAUGGAUAUGAAAGCAUUGAUGGUGAUGUUCUAUAUGGAGGAACAGAAGCUAGCGCAAUGGCCAAGAAUUAUCGCUCUGAAGUCUCCUAUAAUCCGGAGGAUGACCUUCAUUACGCUACGCUGACCGUGCGAGAAACGCUGCUAUUUGCCCUUAAGACUCGAACACCGGACAAAGAGUCUCGGAUUCCCGGUGAGAGUCGUAAAGACUACCAGCAGACGUUCCUGUCUGCAAUUGCCAAGCUCUUCUGGAUCGAGCAUGCGAUGGGAACCAGAAUUGGUAACGAACUCAUUCGAGGCAUUUCUGGAGGGGAGAAAAAACGCGUCUCGAUUGGAGAGGCUAUGGUGACUAAAGCCAGCACUCAAUGUUGGGACAACUCCACAAGAGGACUAGAUGCGAGCACUGCACUGGAGUAUGUGCAAAGCUUAAGAAGUUUGACCAACACAGCCCAAGUUUCAACUUUGGUUGCUCUGUAUCAAGCCUCGGAGAACUUGUUCAACCUUUUUGAUAAAGUCGUUCUCAUUGAAGACGGAAAAUGUGCCUUUUUUGGUAGCUCGGACGAUGCAAAGACGUAUUUUGAAAACCUGGGUUUCGAGUGCCCACCACGAUGGACAACCCCAGAUUUCCUGACAUCCGUCAGUGACCCGCACGCAAGGCGUGUGAAGCCUGGAUGGGAAAAUCGAAUUCCUCGUACGGCAGAAGAGUUUCAAGCAGCCUACCGUCAAAGUGAUAUCGCGAAAACCACACUCGCGGACAUCCACGAUUUUGAGAACGAGCUAAAAGCGAACGAGCACGAGAGAGAGAUAUCGAGACAGAAUAUGACAACCAAAAAUUAUACAGUCCCAUUCUGGAAGCAGGUUAUGAUUCUCACUCACCGUCAAUUCCUCGUGAUGUUUGGAGAUCGGGCAGCUCUGGCAGGCAAAUGGGGAGUCAUCACUUUUCAGUCUUUGAUUGUGGGAAGCUUGUUUUAUAAUCUUCCCAAGACAAGCUCCGGGUUGUUUACAAGAGGAGGUGUCAUGUUCUUCAUCCUCCUGUUCAAUUCUCUGCUUGCACUCGCGGAACUUACAGCUGCUUUCGAGAGCAGGCCGAUUCUAAUGAAACAUAAAAGCUUCAUGGCGGAUCUUUCCCGAACACCAUCCCAGUUCUUUAUUAACCUGCUUUUCAUUUUCAUACUUACCAUGACAAUGUAUUCUUUCUUCCGUGCUCUAGGAUCGCUCUGCGCUUCAUUGGAUAUCGCUACUCGGAUUACGGGUGUUUCCAUUCAGGCAUUGGUCGUAUACACAGGAUACUUGAUUCCACCUUGGAAGAUGCAUCCAUGGCUGAAAUGGCUUAUUUGGAUCAACCCCGUUCAAUAUGCGUUUGAAGCAAUGAUGUCCAAUGAGUUUUACAAUCUUGAAAUCCAAUGCGAAGCGCCAUACGUUGUCCCUUCUGGCCCAACGGCGAGCGCUGGUCAUCAAGGUUGCGCAAUUCAAGGCAGCUCUCCUGACGAUCUCACGAUCCACGGAUCGGACUACAUAAAAGCAGCCUACACAUAUUCCCGCAGUCAUCUAUGGAGAAACUUUGGCAUUAUCAUUGCUUGGUUUCUUUUCUUCGUCUUUUUGACAAUGCUUGGGAUGGAAAUCCAAAAACCAAAUAAAGGAGGAGGCUCAGUCACUGUUUUCAAAAGAGGCGAGGUUCCCAAGGCAGUUGAAGAUGCUAUCGAGAAUUCAGGAAGGCCGGCAGAUGUAGAGUCCACGGACAAAAACACACCUUCUGCGAACUUGACAGACGAUGAAACGAAUGAAAAGGUACAAGAUCUCGCCAAAAACACGUCAAUUUUCACGUGGCAGAAUGUGAACUAUACAAUUCCUUUCAAAGGUGGACAUCGAAAGCUUCUCCAAAAUGUGAACGGUUAUGUCAAGCCUGGUCGGCUUACAGCCUUGAUGGGCGCAUCGGGUGCAGGGAAAACCACGCUUCUCAAUGCACUGGCUCAGCGCAUCAAUUUUGGUGUGGUGACCGGCAGCUUUCUUGUUGAUGGAAAUCCUCUUCCAAAGAGUUUUCAACGCGCGACAGGCUUCGCUGAACAAAUGGAUAUACAUGAGCCAACGGCCACAGUACGGGAGUCCCUGCGGUUCUCCGCUCUUCUGCGGCAACCCAAAGAAGUCCCACUCCAGGAAAAAUACGAUUACUGCGAGAAAGUGAUCGACCUGCUAGAGAUGCGAUCCAUAGCUGGUGCCACAGUCGGAUCAACAGGCUCGGGAUUAACUCAGGAGCAACGCAAGCGGCUCACCAUUGGAGUUGAGUUGGCCAGUAAGCCUGAGUUGCUACUGUUUCUGGAUGAGCCUACAUCCGGACUGGAUUCCUUAGCAGCAUUCAAUAUCGUUCGCUUCCUUCGAAAACUGGCAGAUGCUGGUCAGGCUAUUCUUUGCACAAUCCACCAGCCAUCUGCCGUUCUUUUUGAAGAAUUUGACGAACUGCUUCUGCUUCAGAGUGGCGGGCGAGUGGUAUACAAUGGUGCCCUCGGAGCAGACUCGAAGACGCUGAUUGAAUAUUUCGAACGAAAUGGUGGCAAUAAAUGCUCACCUCAUGCCAAUCCGGCCGAGUACAUGCUCGAAGUGAUUGGAGCGGGAAAUCCAGAGUACAAAGGUCAAGAUUGGGGAGACGUGUGGGCUUCCUCGCCAGAGUCUAAGAAUCUCUCUACGGAGCUGGAGAGCAUCAUUAACUCUCGCAAAGGGAUAGAAAAUGAGGAGACCAGAGAUGACCGUGAAUAUGCAAUGCCUCUGUAUGUUCAGAUUGUGGCAGUGACCAAGAGAACCUUUGUGGCCUACUGGAGACUCCCGGACUACAUACUUGGCAAAUUCAUGCUUCAUAUCUUCACCGGUCUUUUUAACACCUUUACGUUUUGGCACCUUGGCAACAGCUAUAUCGACAUGCAAUCGAGACUCUUCUCUAUCUUCAUGACACUCACUAUCUCACCGCCGCUGAUUCAACAGCUACAACCACGAUACCUUCAUGCUCGAGGCCUGUAUGAGUCUCGCGAGGCCAAUUCCAAAAUUUACUCUUGGGUUGCUUUUGUUGUGAGCACAAUCCUACCCGAACUGCCAUACUCGAUUGUGGCGGGAUCCGUCUACUUCAAUUGCUGGUACUGGGGAGUAUGGUUCCCACGCGACUCAUUUAGCUCCGGCUAUACUUGGAUGAUGCUCAUGCUGUUUGAAUGUUUCUAUGUUGGCUUUGGACAGUUCAUUGCAGCCUUUGCACCGAAUGAGCUGUUUGCCUCCUUGCUAGUCCCCACUUUCUUUACUUUCGUCGUCUCAUUCUGCGGUGUCGUUGUCCCUUAUGCCGCGUUACCUCAUUUCUGGCAAUCGUGGAUGUAUUGGCUUACCCCCUUUCAUUAUCUCCUAGAAGGCUUCCUCGGCGUGGUGACACAUAAUGUCCCUGUUCGCUGUGUUGAACGGGAAGAGGCCCACUUCAGUCCACCUGCUGGAUUGACCUGCCAGGAAUAUGCAGGCGCUUAUGCCCGGGAGGCCGGUGGCUAUGUCAGUGACGCUGGAAAUGGGAUGUGCGCUUACUGUCAGUACUCUACAGGGGACCAGUUUGCUGCUAGCUACAAUGUCUUCUACUCUCACAAAUGGAGAAACUAUGGAAUCUUCUGGGCCUAUGUGAUCUUCAAUUUCUUGUUGGUCUUUCUAUUCUCCUGGUUGUAUCUCCACGGGGUACGGGAUAUGAAACGGUGGUUCAGUGCACCCAUGAAGGAAGAAACUCCCAGGGAAUCGCCUGAGGGCUCGCGGGCCGAUGACCAGUCGAACUCGAAAUCCGGCGGCAAUUUAGCUUCCAAGGACCGGAAUUGCCAGUAUUGCGGUCAACCAUUCACUUCCUCGUCACUCGGUCGCCAUCUUGACCAGUUUUUGUUUAAGAAGAAGCCGGAUGGCAUCCACGAUGUCGAGGAGAUUCGUCGCAUCCGCAGUGGGAUCACUCGUCGGCAGGCCCGCACGAGUUCCGCCAAGCGUGACGAGAGUCCCGAUCGCGUCCAUAAAAAGGGCUCGACCGACCCAUACACAUCUGCUGGAGAAUCGGCAUCGAAGGCGCGCGAACCCCCGCCGCGCAUGAUGUUCAACACUCCGACUUGGCAUGCUACUGGCGUCAUCAAUGAUAUUCCUAACCCAAGUCGCGUGUUGGAUGGGCCUCGCAUAAUGCCAUCUCAGUCGCGAGCGGGCUCCUUACAGCUUCCGGGUUACUCGAGCCGAGGAGCCAAUGCUAACAACCCGGAUACGAUGAAGGCGCUUGAGCUGGCGUUGCACGAGGUGCUGGACAACAUCAAGGCAGCCACCUCGCGUUUCCGACCUCGAUUGUCGCCAUUCGACUUCGAUAUCCAAGCCCAGACCUUCCCCUCCCUAUGUCUCCAACUUCUCCCUCCCCCGCCGAGCUUGUUCGCCUCCCACCCAUUCUCUUCGCCAAAUUCAUUUCCACUGCAAGCUCCUGGAGUGGAACACCUUGACAUCAUCCGUCAAGCACUCCGCUCCAAGAUUGCUCAAUGGAAAUCUGAUCAAAUCGCCGGAGACCCCAGUGCACAUACUAAACACCUGGGAGCAAGUCCGGAUCAUAACAUGAUCUAUCGAACCGCACAACAACAUGAGGAAUUAGGGCUGAGACAUUUAGAGCUUGCUUUCAACCAUUGGAACUCCCUUCCCCAUGAGACUCGUCGCGAAGCAUGGCAACUGGAGAUAACCCGCGCAUUUGCCCGUGAAGCCGAGCAGCGCAAGUCCGUGGAUGAGCAGUUGGCCCGGGUCCAACAAGAAGCAAAUCAGCUGCGAGCCCAGGUGGAGCGACUCGGGUCAUGCCAGUGGCCGCGCGAGUUCGCCCUCUUCCCUCCUGACACCCUUCCACUCUCUCGGGAUGUAGCUCGAGAGUUAGAUGCAAAAGAGAGCCAGAUCAGCCCGGAUUCCACGCGCUGGGACUACGACCAUGUUGUCAGCAAGUGGAAACGUGUUGUCAUGCACGAUAAAGGCAUGGGUCGAAUUGGAGUGGGCUAUGCUGGUGGUGGCUCAAUGGCCGAUUUAGAUAAUAACCAGCAACAAAGUCCUAAUGUGCGACCUCCCCGACCGGGCGAAGACACUUCAUCUCAUCCUAAUCGCCUGCGACCUCUGCAGUCCGCCAUUGCCAUGAGUCCAGACGCAGGCACUGCCUCCACGCCUACCUCCUCAGCAAACUACGCGUCUCCAUAUUCGCAUGCAGAUCCCCGCAGCCCACCGGGUGGCGGCGUCGGAGCCCCGCACACUAAGCGUCCUCGUUUGAUGAAUGGGUCUGAGGGCCCAGCCGCGCCUUCUUCCGAUUCGGCUCCGUCGUCAGCCAGGCCAUCGGGGCCUUGGCCUUCUUCCUCCACCCCUAUUCUCUCUAAUCUGGCAGCGCCCUCAGGACAAACGCCUCCAUCGUCUUCUAGGGUAUAA